GAGUUUAUAUAAACCACUGGCACAUAUUCAAGCUCACUAUUGUCUUUGCAAAGAAGCACUGCCUUCUUGAUAAGCAGUGUAAAGAUGGUAGCCACCAAUCCAUUGACUGAGGGAUUCAGUGAGUUGGAACUGUUUGCACUGGGAACUGCUCUGUUACUGGAAGCACUCAUCGGACUCCUCCUGAAUGGCUUAACAAUCUUGUCCUUUUAUAAGAUAAAGGACCUCCAGACACCGAGUAAUCUCCUCGUCGCCAGUCUGGCUGUUUCCGACACUGGCAUCUGCGUGAACGCAUUAGUCGCUGCGUUUUCAAGCUUACAGAGGUACUGGCCUUAUGGCCCAGAAGGUUGCCAAAUUCACGGCUUCCAAGGAUUUCUGGUAGCACUAGCCAGCAUUAAUACCUGUGCAGCAAUUGCCUGGGACCGAUACCAUCUAAACUGCAGCAGGUCAAAAUUACAAUGGAGCAAUGCCAUGGUUGUUAUAUUAUUUAUCUGGGCAUUUGCUGGAUUUUGGUCACUCAUGCCUUUGUUGGGUUGGGGUGAAUAUGAUUAUGAGCCAUUGAGAACCUGCUGCACUUUGGACUACUCGAAAGGUGACAGAAACUUUGUCUCAUUCUUCAUUCCAUUGGCACUUUUCCAGUUUGCUCUUCCACUUUUCAUCUUGGUGUCUUCUUACCAAUCUUGUGCGAAUAAAUUCAAGAAAACUGGACAAGUCAAGUUUAAUACAGGGCUGCCUUUUACAAUCCUUCUCAUCUGCUGGGGUCCUUAUAGCCUCCUGUGCACGUAUGCUGUCGUCAAAAAUGUUAUGGUCAUAUCUCCAAAGAUCAGAAUGCUUCCAGCCAUUCUUGCAAAGACCUCACCCAUAGCCAAUGCUUUUGUCUACGCACUCGGAAAUCCUAAUUACAGAGGAGGGAUAUGGGCCUUCCUAACAGGACAGAAAAUGGAACCAAUUGAAACAGACGGAAAAAUGAAGUAAACAGAACUGUCAGAGGGAAACAAACCGAAAUGCAGAGCAAAACUAUUCACCCAACCUGUAUACUAUGUUCUUUUCACAACAUCCUACUCCGUAACAUGUAAAAAAGUAUUUGUAUUUCUAAACAACGGGAAUAUACA